AUGCCGAAACCCUUCAGCAAUAUUCGGUCAGCCGCCAUCGACGGCCGGGCACUGAAUCCCAUCUUUCGGAAGAUACAACUGAAGCAACUGCAUGAUGGGCUUCUGGAGAAGGCAUCUGACCUCCAAGAUGCCAUUGCGGCCGACACAGGCUAUACCCCAGCCGAGGUGCAGAUCGAGUAUUGGCUUGCCAUGCACAUGCUGACCCAAGCUUUUACCGCUAUCGACACGGACCAAUCCCUCCACGAGGAAUACGCAGUAUCAAGAGGCCAGAAUAUGCCCCAAGCAAAAGAAGCUGUUGGAAUCGUGGUCAUCCAUCCCGCCAAACAUGCCUUCUUUUCCUGCCUCAUGUCCGCGUUGGUCCCGGCGCUGGCAGCAGGCAACUGCGUGAUCGUGCAGGCGGAGCAAUCCCUCUUGCGGACACCCCCGCUAGUGCUAGAUCUCAUUAUACAAGCCCUCGACGAUGACAUUUUCGAGACAACUACCAACCCCAUCAACGAACCCGACUUGGACCACCCUCACAUCCGCGUCCUGCAAAACGGCAGUGAGAGCGCCCAUCUCUCGCACCAUCUCGUUUCGGAGUCCAAGGCUCGAGUAGUGGCAGUUGUGGAGCGUGAUGCCAACUUGGAUGUUGCGGCGCGGGAGUUGGUCCGGUCGCGGUUUGCGCUGCGCGGGAGGUCGCCGUAUGCCCCUGAUGUGGUGCUGGUGAAUGAGUGGGUGAAGAAGGAGUUUCUCGAGGCUGUUGUGCGGCACACCGUGCGGUUUGUUUCUGAGGGCGGUAAGAAGAGUCCGCCUCGGACGGCGCCCGGGCAAAGUCUAUCCGAGUUGGUGAGGACGGAAAAGGGGGUGAAUGUCUUGUCCUGGAGUUCGGCUGGAGCGGUUGUGGAGGUUGAGGACAGGAAAUCACCGUUAUUGCGCCGUAAGGUACAAGAAGGCUGCCUCCUCGUUCACGCGGUUACGAGCAUAGACGAUGCCAUUGACUUCUCUAGAAGGUAUGCCAACAUACACCCACACCGGACUCGGAGAAUUACUUCUGACAGACUCCAAAGCAAUGGCCGUCUUGGUGCCGCUGCCAGCUUCCGAUCCAGGGUCUUCCUUCUAACAAGUUACAGUUCUUCCCGUGGCGCCUUCUAA